AUGGCAGCACAGCUCAAGCCAGGCUCACUCGACAACGCAGACUCGAGCGAACCCCAACAACCACACGUCCUCCAAGUCCUCCAAGUCAAACAACUCGCCAACACAGCCAAUGCCAUCGAACGCUACAAACUCAUCGUUUCUGAUUCUACAAAACUAGUUCAAUGCAUGCUUGCCACCCAGCUCAAUGUCCUCGUCAGCGACACGGGACUCGCGCGUGGCAAAUUCAUCAAUCUCAAGGCCUGGACGUGUAAUAAGAUGGGCACGUCGGGAAAACGCGUCAUGGUGUGUAUCGAGUGUGAUGUUCUUCCCGAUGCUCCGGUGGAUAAGAUUGGACAGCCGGUGCCUGUGCAUAUCGAGGAGCCAUCCGCUGCAGCACCCAUACCGGCAAAGGCUGAACCGGGCGUUUCUUCAACGACCAACUUUUAUGGUAAUAAAGAAACACCCGUUCCUACUAAGCCUGCUCAGCAACAGCAGCAACAGAUGAAGCCCAGUGGAUCACAGAGUAACGUCGCCAUCUACCCAAUCGAAGCGCUCUCACCCUACCAAAACAAAUGGACCAUUAAAGCGCGCGUUGUAGCGAAAUCGGAAAUCAAGCACUGGCAUAAUCCAAAAGGUGAAGGAAAACUCUUCUCUUGUACUUUCCUGGAUGAAUCUGGGGAAAUUCGUGCAACUGGCUUCAAUGAUGCGGUGGAUAAGUAUUAUGAGUACCUCGUUGAGGGACACGUCUAUACCGUCACCAAGUGUCGUGUGAGUAUUGCAAAGAAACAAUUCUCCAAUGUCAACAAUGAGUAUGAACUCACAUUUGAACGAGACACGGAAAUUGAGAGUUGUCCCGAUGCCGCGGAUGUGCCACAAGUCAAAUUCAGCUUUUUGCCACUUGCAAAGCUUGACUCGAUUGAUAAGGAUGGUAUGAUUGAUUGUAUUGGUGUCGUCAAGGAUAUCGGCGACGUCAGUGAAAUCACCUCCAAAAUGACGCACAAACCAUACUCAAAGCGUGAUUUGGUAUUGGUGGAUGAGUCUGGGUAUGAGGUCAAACUGACCAUUUGGGGAAAACUCGCAACAGAAUUCAAAGCAAACCCUGAAUCGAUCCUUGCUGUUAAAGGUGUCAAAGUGAGUGAUUUCGGUGGAAGGACACUGAGCACCGUGCACUCUUCCACCAUGCUCCACGAUCCAGAAAUCCCGGAAGCUUUCAGUUUGCGUGGUUGGUAUGAUCAGCAGGGCAAGCAGCAAGUCAACUUCUCCACACACGCAAGUGCCGCCUCGAUGGGCGCAGGCAAUGGUCGUGUAGACAAACGCUACACCAUUGAACAAGCAGAACGACAAAACAUGGGUAUGAAUGAGACAGUCCCGGAUUACUAUGAAUUGAAGGGUACCAUCAUCUAUAUCAAAACCGACAACAUCUCCUAUCCGGCGUGCGCCUCAGAAGCGUGCAACAAGAAAGUCGUUGAAGACAAUGAAGGUGGUUGGCGCUGUGAGAAGUGUGACAAGAAUUUUCCUGAACCACAGCAUCGCUACAUGCUGACUCUCAAUGUGCAAGACCAUACUGGACAGCAGUGGUUGUCUGGAUUCGAUAAUGUUGGGCAGCUGAUUUUGGGUUGUUCAGCGGGUGAGUUGCAAGCACUCAAGAACGUCGGUGGCAAUGAUGCAGCCUUCAAGGAUCGUGUGCAGGAAGCGCAUGGGUCUUCGUGGAUCUUCAAGUUGAAGGCAAAGCAAGAUUCGUACAACGGACAAGUCAAAGUCCGAACACAAAUUCUGCAGGCGAGUCCACUGGAUUACGGCAAGGAGUGCAAGUUGCUUGAGGAACAGAUUGCUGCGUUUGGUGUUUGA